UUUUGAGCAGUUCUUCAUGAGGCACCAACCAUUUCUGAGCAUUUGGCGGAGAUGGCAUCAACCAAACCUGCAACAGAAACCACGGGCAAAGUCGUGAAGGCGGCUCCCGCUGAAACGGGCAACGACGACGUGAAAGCGGCUUCCACCGACGCAGCGGCGAAAGGCGUCAAGUUCGGUACGAGCUGGUCGGGGAAGGAAGACAAGAAGUUGAAGAAGGCCGUCGAGGCCCAAGGCAAGAGCCACAAGGCCAACUGGAAGCUCGUCGCGUCCAAAGUCCCCGGUCGUACCGCCGGGGCGUGCCAAGGACGAUGGAACACAGUGCUGGAUCCGCUCGUGGAUCGGUCGCCAUGGACGCCCGAGCUGGACGCGCAGCUGCUGGAGCUGUACAAGGACCCGCUGUACGACUCGUGGAGCAAGCGAGCUGCCAAGCUAGCGGAGGGGAAAUUCGGCCCCGAUGGCAAGCAGCCCAUGCGUCGCAGCGGCGCCGACACGUGCGACAGGUACUUCAAAAUCACAAAGUCGAAAAAGGCGCCCAAGACAAAAGGGUCCAACAACCAUAAGAAACCUGCCGAAGUCAAAUGGACAGACGAGACGGACGAUGCGCUGGACGCGCCGCCGACCAUCGGACAGCCCACCGCGGCGGCGGCUCCCGUCGCCACCCGCAACCAGAACAUCCGUGCCCGACGGAACGAGCGGCGGAAGAAGUAUAUCGCGGCCAAGGCGGCUGCGGCGGCGGACUCCAACGACGAUGGCGCUCAGGAAGACGGCGUCGCAGAGGACGCAUCUGCCAACAAGAAGGGCAAGUUCGACAAGAAUGCUGGGCAUUUUGGCAAAAAGCCAUUCGACCGAGCGCCUGGUGGCAAGCGGAAAGCAGCGUCAAAGCCACCACCGCCCAAACCGUUCAAGAAGCACAAGCAAUAAUAACGAUACUAUAAGAGAGACAAAGUAGGGUAUCACGAACAACAGCACUGUAGUGUUUUGGCAA